CCACUUUUAGCCAAUAUGGAAAACUUCAAUUGCAAUGCCAGCAUUGACGCAUCCACGAAUUAUAUGCUUCAGCAUUUUUACACAUCCUUAACACAGGAUUUACCGUUGCAAACCAUAAACACAGCCACAAUGUUGUCAACGUACGUAAAUCCACAGAAUAUCGAACGUAUGGUUCAAUUGGAAAUGGAACGCAUUAAGGAGAAUUGUGCCCGCAAGGAGGAACAGUACGUCGAACAAAUGCUAUCGGAGAAUCCCAUCAUUAUCGAAAGACGCACCAAUGCCACUGCCGUGAAUUGUCAGCAAUCGGUGACAAGGCAACAACAUCAAGGGGGAUUGCAGCAGACGCAAAUGUACCAACAAAUCAUGGACCCAACAGGUGCUGCAGUAAUGCUAUCGCCAAAUGACAACACCAUCACCGCCACCACUGUCACAGCCACUAGUUUAUUGCCAUUGAAACAGCAAUCGUCCCAUCAGCAGCAGCAACAUCAACAACAACAACGUGCUGAUGCUUGUCGCCGUUCUCGCUACAAUAACAAAAUCAAAAAAGCCAAAACCAAAUACCGUCACAAAUACAUGUCCCAGAAGUUAUUGCAGAGCACUCAAAUGUUCGAUUGCAUUCAGGAUCUCAUCAGCCAAGCCGAAAGUCAUUUACUCGCCCAAGGACUAACCAAAGACAAACUGCAGCAAUUGCGUCUCAACUAUGGCAUGUAUAAAGUCAAACCAGAACACCGUCAGCAAAUUGGAUCAUAAACCGUGGCGAACAUUAGCUGCUCCGGUCACAAGUAAUUUGCAUAGACAUGGUGGAGAAGUAGAAGGAGCAGAUCUGCAACAAACUCACGUCCAAACGUUUGUGGUUUUAUUACUUUUGUUUUAUUGGUUCUCACAAUGUUAUCUAGUUUGUAUAAAUGUCAAAUGUACAUAAGUUGCAUACAUAAAUAUAAGUUAUUUAAUAAAACAAAUUAUAAUCUAAUUUAAA